AUGGAGGAAAUAGCUCUGGACCUAGAAAAACGAAAGACACAAUUAUUCAGAGAAAAGAUAAAGCAGCUUGUCGAAUGUGAUAAGAUAAUUUCGACUGAGACUGUUAAUGCUAUCGUAGAAAUUAUAAAAGAUGUAGAAAUGGCCGAAAAUAAUGUGCCAAGCAGCGAUGAAUUUGAUGAAGAAUUAGAAAAAGAAUAUCGUAAUAUGAAUGACAUUUUUGAUUUACCGCAUGAUACGUAUUCCCUUACUGAAAUUAAACCGGAAUUACCUUUUUGCGUCAAGUAUGGCAUCCGUUCUGGCCUUACUCAUUUAAAUAUGCCGUUGUUUUCACCAUUAUCUAGAGGUUAUCAGGGUGGCGCUAUAGCGAUUGCAGCUUUCGCCACAGCCGCGAUUCAUAAAUCACGUUGUUGGAACGAGGCGGUGAUCGAUCAGAUCAUCGAAGACGGCGACACUUUUUACUGCGAAUCGUACAAGGAUGUGAACACCGGCGAUCGUCGAACAAUGACCAUUCUUGACUUGAAGAGGAAUCUUCUCGUUCAAAAAAAGUUUAAUAUAAGACUCAAGAUCGAGGAGCCGGAGUACGUCGGAAAAUUUCGUUCGUGCGAUCCAACGGAGCUUCAUUUGGCGAAGGCAUUAGAAUUGUUUUUCGAGCGACACGAUGCCGGGAUCCUGACGUCACCGGUACUCGAUGUAGCUAUAUGGCGUGAUUCAAAGUAUUACAAUAUAUUUGACGGUCGAGCACGAAAAGAUAAUGGUAAAUCGGUUGCCGAAGAAGUUAGUGGUUCGGCCAAACUAUUUCUCGUGAAGGAUCUGAUGGGAGUGCUAUUUAUUAUCCUCGAGAAGAGCAACGUACGGAAUGAACAUUUCCUAAUCUACGCUAUAACUGUCUGCACAAUCGAGUCGAUCUCUCCGGAUGAUUUCGCGCAAGUCGAGAAAACUCGCGGGAAAUUGCAGAGAAGACCGAGCGGUUACAAGAUUCGCCAGAAGCACCGAGCCGUGGUGCAAGGAUCCUAUCAUCUCACGCAUCCAGCCAUACCGAGAGAUCUGCGAGACAAAGGACAUCUGAUUAUAGCCGUGGCGGCCUUGAUAUAUUCACGAUUAAUUAAUGCAAACAAAUGGACAACCGGUUUGCUAGAUCUGAUUAUCAAUCAGUCCAAUAUUUAUCUAGUCGAUCUGGUCAGGAUUCUUGAGAAGAAGCUCGACGAUGAGUUUGAGCUUCGAUUAGAAAAUCUGAUGAGCGACGUUAUUCUCGGAGUAUAUUCCGCCAAGAUAAAGGUAGACGCGAAUGUGAUGCCGGAAAAAAACGAGAACGCCAUUGACAAUAGUAUACUCGAGUUCUUCGAGACACGAGAGCUCGGGAUACUCGAAAUCAAGAACAUCUUCUACGCGAUCUGGAAGGACGGCGAUGCAUAUUAUUUCCUCGAUCCGUUUGCAUGCGACGACGAAGGUUUCAGGAUCAGUCAUAACGGAGAACACACAAAGGAUGACGGGGGAUUUAAAGGCGCUGCAUGCGUUACCAUGAACAGCACUGUUAACGAGGUAGUGGAGAUUGUGCUGGGGAAUACCGGUAAUAAAGACAGGGAUCCUUUCUUGAUACAUGGAUUAACAGUACUGUACGUGAAGACUGGAGUAAUGCCAGGCGGACCACUCGAGAGAGUAAUUUAUCGAGAGAGAGGUACGAAUCGUAGACCGCGGGCCCCAUCACCUCCAGUACCGAUGGAUGUGAUGGAAAAAGUGAUCGACACGACACCCCGCAUGCGACCAGAUUCGCGUAAGUCCGUGGAAAAGUCUAAUCAAUUUCCAGAAAUUAUGCAACACGUGGACAAAUAUACAAUGGAAGAAGACGUCAUAAAAGUAGAAACAGCCGACGAUACAAAAAAGGAACCUUCGUUAAAAUUUAUUACGGGAUAUAGAAUGGUAAAUGUUCAUUGUCUACUACUUCGUGGUACCAAGAAUUGUCUGAGCGAGAAUUUUCGUCCUCAAUCACGUGGCAGGCAAGGAUUAAUAGCCGCUUUGACUGUUCUGACCUACAGAAGAUUGAAAGAUCCGACGAGCUGGCGAAAUGUAGAUGUGGAUCAAAUUGUUGAUGUGAGCAACAAAGCUUACGAGCAGACAAAUGUCAUUGAUGGCGACGCGAAUCCGUUGGCAAAUCUCGCAGAGGCUCUCGAGCGUUAUUUCGAACGAUACCCUGAAGCGGUAUUGGAAAACAAGAGAUUGAUGUACGCCAUUUGGAAGGAGGAUGGAAAAUUCUUCAUGUUCAACCCUUAUGGCAGCGAUUCGGAGGGAUGGCGUCUUCGGGAUCAUCCGGCUUCCUUCGCUGUAGCGGACAGUCUCAACGAGCUGAUCGAUCUUCUUCACGGUGUUUUGGAAUAUAAUGAUUCUUUAUUCUCGCUUCAUUUCGUGACUCUGGACGCGAUACAACCGGGAAAAUAUACAUCUCCCGUGGAAGUCAUGAUGCCGGACGAGCAGACGAUCGACAAGUUUCGUACAAAAUUUCUGCCGAUCACAGAUGAUGAUUUAUUGAAACUCGAAAAAGUGAAACCAGAUAUCACUGUAGAAGCGUUAGAAAAAGUAGGCGAUGAAGUGGAAGAAGAAGAAGAGUCUGAUGCACCUUACCGUUUAAAUCUAGCACUCUUGACUUCCACGGUAAAAAUUCAAGAACCGAUCGAAGAAGAGCUCAAUGGCCUGCACGAAGAGGUAAUGAUGGAAAAGAUGAAGUACAAUCAUCCGCCCCCGUACGUGAUGCCGCCGCGAAAGACGCUUUAUGUUUUGCUAGAAGCGAAACGAGCAAAUAGAUCGAUUCCCUCUCUAGUAUCAAGGUUCUCCAUCGACUCGAGAUUAGAGGUCAAAGAAAAGAAUGGUUUCCCCACCAAUUACGCACCUGCAUCAGUCGCGAUUGUAUCAGUGCCUCGAGACGCGAAACCUUCUAAAAUGAUCAAACUGUCUUUCGGGAAGUACUUGUACUCGAGAUUACUGCCGAUCCGUAUGAUGCCUCUUAGAGCAAUCGACGAGAGUUACAUCCAGGACGAGGAUGUCGAUAAUGCACUUGGUGAAAAAUGUCUUGAACGAGAAAAGUUGGAGGAGAAAAAGGAAGACGUGGCGUUAGCAAAAUUAACGAUAGUAUCUUCCUGUGCAAGAUCAGAACUGAUACCGCUCGGACCAAUAAUUAAAACUCCAGUUUUAACGAUAAAACAUCUGACAUGUCCCGAUGAACAGAAGCGAAAGAGCAUGUCGAAAACUGAGAAAGAAACGUUUAUUAUCAAGAAGAAUCUCACCGAGGCGGAAAAAUUUCUAUUCAAGAUGAUAUUUCCCAAUUUUAAUCCCGAUUUACAGUCACUAGAAGAAAAAGUCGAUAGUAAAAAGGUGGACAUAAGAAAAGCAAUAAUUAGCUCAGAUAAGAAAAUAGACCGAUCGUCGGAAGCUGUCGGCUUCAAAGUUGUGGAAGAUGAAAACGUUGAGAUAAUACGAGGCAAUUCGAGUUUAAUGGAUCGUGCGCAAAUUGAAUCUUCUCAUUUUAAACCAUGUUACAUCGCGGCUGUAUUGUGUAUUUUGGCAAAAAUUGUGCUAGACACGGAUCUGUUUUGCGGAAGCACUCUGGAUGAAUUAAUCCUCCUCGCCGGUAAAAUCGAUCAACACGUAGGCAGAUUGCGAUACAAGGAAUUUAGGACGUUUUAUAACGUGAACAUUUUCGAUGCGAAUUUUAACGUAAUUUUGAAAGAGAUCAUUCCCGAUCCCAAGAGCUCAAUAUCCAACGAGCUUGAUACAAGCGUAGAGAAAUUUUUAGAAAAGAAUCGAACCGGCAUACUGGUGCUGACAAAUUGUGCUUAUGCAUUUUGGACAGCAGAUAAUAGAUAUUAUCUCUUCGAUCCUUACCCUUGCAACGAGAAGGGACACGCCAGUAAAGAAGGUUGUUGCUGUCUUUUACGAUUCCGCGAUUUAAAAUCUAUGCUCGACAGAAUUAAAACGAACGCCGGCGAGACAAAACCUUUCCGUCUCUAUACCGUGUCCAUCGCUCACAUGGAGAUGAAAAAAUGCAAACGGAAACGAAGAAAAGGCAUCGAACGUCGCGCAAAAUUCACUGAGUCGGUGAAAAGUGAAGAAAAGCGAGAUGCGGCGAUGCGACCAAGCGCAUCAGAGAUAUCUCUAAUCGAGUUAGCCGAGUGGGUUACCUCGGAUCCGGAGUUGGAUCCAGAUCAUGACGUCACAAUUCCCGGUUUCACGCCGAUGCGAUGUCACGAAGCUUCGAUGCUGGAAGCGAUCGUUUUGGAGAACGAUAUUACGACCCCUGCUCUAAUGCCGUUCGAAAAAAGAACAUCGGAAACACCAGACGACGAAGAAACGACAAUAGAACGAGCGAAACCAUCUGAGAGGAUAUUUCGAAACUACACGUCCCUCGCGAUUCCCAUCGAUCUCUGCAUCAUGGCGUGGUCGUUAAUCCACGAUCCCGUAUCCUGGUCGGAGCGGACCGUCGACGGUUUGCUCGAAGCCAGCGCGGAUUACGCUUUUGACAGCGUUUUAGCGAGCGAAGACACUUCUGUGAGCGAUAUGACUGACGGCUUGCUACCGGAAUUCGAGAUUGCGAAUUAUGCGUUUCGCGCAGUAUUUGCGCCGCUGCACUACGGAAAACUGUACGCUACGGAGGGCUGGAAUCUUGCCAUGACCAUGGAGAGGAUAUUCGAGACGAGAAUCUACACCGGAGCAAUAAUCGUUUGCAACUAUGCUCAUGUAGGCGUCACAAAAUGCGGCAAAAAUUAUUUCGCCUGGUGGACAGUCACAGGGACGAAGCGCUUGCAAAUGAUCGUGUCCAGCUGCAUAAACGAGUUUCUCAAAUUGAUCGUUAAGGUAAUUGACGCGCCGCAGGAAACAGGAUUCGCGGUGAGAGUGGUCACUAUAUCUUACGCGCUUAAAACAGCGCCAGAUUGCAGCGAUAUUCGCGGUCUUCACGAGCCGAUGGCACCAACAAAGUCCUUGGCGGAGAUUCACCGGAAAAAAUCGUCAGAAUUUCGUAAUGUUGAAGCGAUCUUCAUAUCAAUCUGUCAGGCUCCGAAACCAAUCUUUGUGCUGGGAACAGUGGCUCUGCGCGAUCGAAAUAGCUUAUUAGAGCCGCGAACGAAACGUUGCUAUUUCGUCGCGUUGUUGGUUGUCGCGAUUAAGCGGGACGUCGUUCAGUCUCCGCUUCCAGGUAUGAUCGACAGGAUUCUCGAAGUGGCGGAGAGUUUGUACAGAGGAUUUGUUGAGCCGAAAUUUCACGUGGAACAUAUAUUGCGAAAUGUCCCGCUAAUGAACAGGUUAUUCGACUUCCGAGACUGCGCAUCGCCAUUGGUUACGUUCACGACGAAUCCUCGGACCGGCGAAAACGACUUUUAUAUUCAAGUGAAAAGACAUUUGAAACGUCAUUUUAAAAUGCACACGAGCGGUAUAUUACAUUUCACGAACUGCUGUUACGGCUUUUGGUACUCGAAAUCGACCAACUGUUAUUACUAUCUCGAUCCGUAUCAAUGCGACGUAGGAGGCAAAAAGACUUUCGCCAAUGGCAAGGCCUGUCUGUGCAUCUUCUCCUCCAUAUGUCAAAUGACGAAGCAUAUGUAUCUCAAUCAGUACGAAGGUACAACCGGAUUCUAUAUUCAUAGAAUUCACGUGAGUUCCAUCGACACGCUGCUCUACGAGAAGUUUCAAGAGGAUCCGAUGUGGAUGUAUCUCGACUAUCACUGGAACUUCAAGCAUUCGAUUAUGCGAACGCGUAGGAAAGCGAAGAACGGUGACAUAUCGGAUUCGUUGCAGUUGGAUAGGCAAUUUUGGAACAAUUACGCGGUUGAAAUUCCCGAUCUAAUUUAUUCCGUUUGGGGUACAAUCGGCGCUUACGAUUGUCAUUUUGGCGAACGAGCCGGGAAAAAUCGCGUCGCUAUAUGCGUGGCUAUCCUGGCCAUGCAACAUCUUUGCCAUCCCUCUAGAUGGAGCCCCGCCAUCCUGGAUUCAGCUGUCAUCUGCGGCGAUUCGUACUAUACGGAGAGUCUGAAGAGCGCCGUGCGAAGUUGCUCGAAGUCUGUAAACAGGUUUGGCCUGCGAACCACCCUUAGGGUAUUCCCACACUUGUGGACCGUGAAUUUCGGCACCAGUGUGUGCGGAAUUCUAUACGGCGAUCGAAACAGGUUGACGUUAACCAGCGCGUUGAAAUCAGCCUUCGAGGGAGCACGCAACGUUAUUAUUGAAUGCAAUGAGAUCACCCUGGCCGUCUUAGCUGCCAAGGACGCUUAUUAUGUCGCCGACCCUUGCUGGAUCGGUCCACCGUUGUUCGCGAGGGAGCGUAACGCGAUUUACGUUUUACGCUGCAAAAAUGUAAACGUACUAAUAUACGCGAUCACGAAGAUGUUUAAUACCAAUCAGCGACUUGGUGUUCGUAUUACGCCGUUGAAGCUCGCGUUCCAUCGAGAAGACUUCGAUGCUGAUUCUAAAUUCUAUACUCCUAGAAGGAAAAUCUUACCGAAAUCGUUACGAAAGGGUCCAGGAAAAAUCGAAAAUCCCAGUACGCCUAUUCCCGGAGCGGUUACGGUACCCGACACAGAUUUUUACCUUCGAUAUCGACGAUAUCUCGCCGACGGUAUAACCGGAAAUCUCCGACUGGAAGGUUCCCCGCUGCAAAAUCAUAGGGAGCUUGCGUUGAAUCCUGAAAACGCAAACAGCACGUUCGUGAGCACCAAGUGGCGUUUGAAUCUCGGCCAAGCGCGUCCUCUGAAACGACCCAAACCACCCGCGGAUCCUCUAGGGAUGAAACGUGACUUGGCGGACUGCGUAGAUUCCGCGACUGAGUUAUUCCGGUCGCGUCGUUCGCAAAUUUCUGUCACGGAAUUAAUUACCGCGUGCGAUAAUUAUCCGAGACCGAUGGAUUUUGCCAGUGAUGCUCCUCCACCUGGAAUAGAGUCACUCGAGUGUGCUAGUAAGCGUGAUUUCAUUCGUGAACAAAAUCGCAUGGAUUUCAAUAAACGCGUUGCAGAUAUGUCUCGAAAUAUUUAUAAGAGCUAUCGGCAUCGUCUACCAAAAAAUAAGAGAUCCGGUAAUUUACCGAUCGAUGCUGCUAAAAACGGAGCCGAGAAUAUUCCGGAAACAUACAGUGAGUCAAGCGAAGCAACAACCGUUAUUAUGGAAACUCACUGA